UGUCAGAGGGGUCCCGGGAACUUCCGAAGUCCUCCCACCAUGGAAAAAUUGACAGAGUUCGUUUCCAAGUCCUUUGAUCCGACCAAGAGCGCUCUCAGCGUUCAGUACCUGGCCCAGUCAGCGGCGAGGCCCGACCCGAUGCGUUCAGAAACUCCCGGCGGAGGAACCGAAUCCGACUCCUCAGGUCCUCACGACCUGAGAAUAGCGAUGUCCCAUCCGGCCUUGCCCCUCGGCUUACCUUUGGAUCUGCCCAGGUACCCGGCUGUCCCCAUAACGACGGCCGGCCUGCCGUACCCUCUGCCCCUGCUGAUGGCCCAUCGCGCCCCUGCCCAGCUGCCGCCUUUGACUUUCCAUCAGCAUCCAUCGUCGCCCAGGUCACCUUCACCUUCGUCCCCGAGACGUUUCGAAACUAUCAGCCCGAAGAGACGCCGAAGGUUAUCGACCGACGACGACCGCCAAACCCCGAGCCUCCAAGGGGACGAGGAGGACGAAGAAGUCGACGUCGAAGCUUCCGAUAUGCAGGAGGAGGCUGCCAACUUGACGCUGACGAAGGCCAGGAGCUCGACUGCGACGCCCGACGGUAACGAAGGGAACCUCGCCAGCACCGUCGCCGACCGCGACGACUCGCCUCUGCCGAUCAAAUCGGAGCCGUCGGACGGUCUGCCCAACGGCGACACCUCCGUCAGCAGUUCGCAGGACCUGAUCAACAAUAACAGCAGCAGCAGCAGCAGCCUGGGGAACAAAGACCGGGAAACGAGCCUCAGAAAUAAUGCGUCUCCUUCGUCCUCCUCACACGGGAGUCCUCCCCCCCUCCACAAGUGAGUGCCGCCCUCCUGGGUAGUGUUUCUCAUCCUAUCAUGGGAUCCUUAUCUCCUGCCGUAGGAUGCAAUGCUGCCAGGCUGAUGGCUGCGAGGAAAUCCCCCACAGAUGAGGAUGAGCGUCUGACCAGUACACCAGGUGUGAACGUCAAAUUGGAAGAGGAGACUCAGUCAUCGCAGGGAGCGCCACCCCCUCCGCCCUCGGCGUCGAGCAGCCCGCCCAUUCUGAGCACCACUCCUUCCCAUACGCCCACAUCCAUCGGCCACCAGGCGCCCAACUCUCAGAGCAAGAAGGAGCAGUCCGAUAACAGAGAGGAGACUUCCCACCAAAAGGUGAAGCAGCGCCGAUCUCGCACCAACUUCACCCUGGAGCAGCUGAACGAACUGGAACGCCUCUUCGACGAGACUCACUAUCCGGAUGCCUUCAUGAGGGAAGAGUUGUCCCAGCGACUUGGCCUCUCCGAAGCCCGAGUUCAGGUCUGGUUCCAAAACAGGAGGGCGAAGUGCCGAAAACAUGAGAGUCAAAUGCACAAAGGUUUUCCUUCUCUUUCAGCUGGGAUGUUGCUCUCACCGUCCAACGCCGCCUCAUCGCCAAUGGGCGUCAUUCCCCCCGUAAGCGUAGGCCUCGGGGCUUCCGGAGGAGUAGGAGUGCCCCUGGAAGCCUGUAGGGUCUCCCCGUAUGUGUCCCCGCUUCGUUUGCACCCUCCUGCCUACGACCGGCUUCCCUCGCUACCUGCGCUCUCGCUCGACCCGGCAAUUCUCUCGGCAGCCCACCAGUACGCAGCGGCUGCGGUGUCCCUGAGUGCCGGCAUCCAGAGCGUCUCCAGCGCCAACAGCAGCACCACUAACAGCAGCAGCAGCAACAGCAGUUCCAGUAGUACCAACGGCGGUGGCGCGAGCGGAAACUCGAGCAGUAGCGCCGGCAGUGCUGCCAAUCCCCUGACUUCACCUCCUCUGCUCUACUAUCCUCACCCGACCUAUCCCUUGGCUCUCUCCGCCCUGGCUGCCGCCGAGAGAAUCUCCUCCAAGAAUUCCUCCAUAGCCGAGCUCAGGAUGAAAGCCCGCAAGCACGCCGAGGCACUAGGCCUGACUAUGCCCCAGACCUAAGAGAAUUCGGCGUUCUUUUCUUUUAUCUCGUUUACUCGUUGCUUCUUGUUAUGAAUGUGUACAAUACCAGUGCCAAAGAUGAUGUAACUUAUUUCCCUGUUAUGCUACUUUACCUGUUUAUCGAUUUUUCUACUCCCUAAGGUGUCUUCUGGACUGAACUGCGAAGGAAAAAGUCAGCGGUAAUGAUUCCUUUUCAGUAAUUUCAGAAAUCAGUUGGGUUCCAGAUUUCGAUGUAAGGAAAGAUUUGUUCUUCUGAAAUCUAAGUCGAUUUCUUUGUACAGAAGCAGAAAUAUAGUUAUUGGUGCUAUGGGAACCAAAAAAUGAAUGCAUGCAGUGUGCCAGUAUUCCUCAUUAUGUAUCAAAUAUCGUUAUACCUAAUUUUCAUGAUGCUUUUUAAUCAUUGUGUUUAGUAUAUAAAGUAUUCGCUGUCAGAUAUGUUUCCAUGUAUCACACAGUAACUCCGAGAUCUGUAUCUGAAAGGUGUCUGUUUUUUAGUAUUUCAGUUUCCAUACACUUUUUCAUUUAUUUUUAUUGUAUCAAAUAUAACCAUUGAAGGUUAUAUAAAAAAAGAAGAAGUGGGGAUUGAGUUCAAGAUUGCUACGAUAAGAGGAACUUUGAAAACCAUCUUUUGAGUCGUCUAUGUAAUGGAGGUCUCUGAAAGGUGAAAGUAUUCUUUAUGUAGCCACUGGAUAAGUCAUGAUUGUUUACAAGCAACUCCAGACAACGAAAUAUAUUUUGAAAAGCAGAUCGAGUCCAGUUCACAUAAGUUUCACUUUAGUUAACAAGAAAGGAAAUACCGUUCUCAUUUGCCAGUAUUACGUGUAUAUGUAUAUAUGUAUACCAUAUAUGUAUAUAUGAUAUGUAUAUGCAUACGUAUGUAUAUGUAUAUAUAUAAUUAAAAUAAAGGUAAUUUCUUGCGAAUUAUUAUUAUUAUUAUUAUUAUUAUUAUUAUUAUUAUUAUUAUUAUUAUUAACAAGAAUUGCUUCAAAAGACUGUGUGACUACCUUUCAAAAUGCCUCAUAGCCGCUAAUAAUUCAAAGGUUAUUCUUUAGGAAACUGAGGGCAAAUGUCACAGAAAAUGGCAGCAGGGUUGGAUUUCUCCACCAAUUUACUUCUGUGUAAUCUGUAAAUACUGUAUGAUCCCUGUAAAUACACUCGUGACCGUAUUUAUAUAAAUCAAUGUGAGCACAUGAUUUUGUGGUUACUGUAUCAUAAACGAAAUUCCUGGAAACCGUUUUUCUGGAUGUCUAGCAAAAGGCGAGACGCUCCUGCCCUUCUCCAAGAGAAAGCGGGAAAGCUGAGUGAGCCUACGGGACAUUAAAGUGUACAUUGCAUUAGUAUUUACCGUGAGUGUGCAUACAUGUGUAUAUGUACGUGUAAUAUAUGAAUACAUACGUUCGUUUUGACUGCGAAGGGAGAAAUGUCUGAGUGCAGGUAUGUGAUAUACGGAAUGUGUAAAGCAACAUUCAAAUAGUUCGAUGUUUACUGCUUAAGGGUUAAGAACCAGCCAUUUUGUGUUUUGCUUAGUCUUAGGAUUCUUUACUUAACCAAAUACUAUGGACAUACAGACAAGA